GGCAGCUGUACGCGUUGGGGGGAAAAAAACUGCUAAUUCGUGCAAGUAUAAAAGCUGGCGGCCAGAGCUUCCAUCGAUAUUGUAUUCCUUGCUCACCAAGUCUACACCAACUCAGCCAAGAUGAUCAGCUUCAGGACCUGCAGAUUGUUCGUAUUGAUGGUCGUUGCCAUGCUCAUGCUGUCGUUCGCACCCAGCGCCAUGGCCUGCCUGAAGAAGGGCAAGAAGUGCACGGCCAGCGGAUCCCGCGGCAACUGCUGUUCCGGCUUCUGCAAUCAAGCCGCUGGCAAGAAGACCGGCAAAUGCACCUAAACUCAACGUAGGCUCAAGUGGCAAUGUUGCAUACUCGAGUCAUUUUUCUCUGGAAAUGUAACUUUAUUGUCGAAUAAAUCGAGAAAAUUUGAAAAAGUAA